UUGCUUACACCUUGCGUACGACAAUUUUGACGUGAGGAUCGGCAUUUAUCAAUCUGCACGUGAGCGUAUGCUACGACCAAAUCUCACGACAGGUCUGACAUCGUGUACGCAAGUUUGAGUCAGUGUGGAUCUGCGGUGCAGCAAAUGUCUGUCUCGAAAUAAUUGAUAAACAAACCUCAAACCUGUCAUUAAGCACAAUCCGGAUUUCCAAAGAGCAAAUCCUUGUUAGUUUCCACCACAGAUAUCCACUUUCAGCUCGGAAAAGUUUUGCAUCUUUCUAAUACAUUCUCCUCUUUCAUGUUUGACCUCAGUGGGCGAGGCUUCUGAACCACGAAUAUUUAAGAGCGUGAACAUGUUAAUGAUGAUCGAUUUCAGCCGCCGCAUUUAUCAAGACCCGAUCAUAUGUACGCUGGGAUUGAUCCGAUACGAACCCUUUCAAAAAUCUCACGUGUGUCCUAUCGUUCAAUGAAUCCUGCGCUCAGAUCUGCGCUCAGAUCUGCGCAAGAUUGAUAAAUGAGGGCCACUGUGUUUGCUGGUAGUCUGUUGGCAUCUACAGUAGCACAGAUGCUUUUUACUUUCACGUUGACUGGGCCCUAUUUGUAAUUAUCUGAAGUAUUUAUCUGCAUUAUAUCUGAAUUUAAUUGGAACGAUACAAGCGAGCAGGAGCGUCUAGUUGUGGGCGGAGCUUGCUGGAGCAGAGAGGGAGGGGAUGGGAGGGGAGGAGCUGAGGGGAAAAUUGGUUGGGAGGGGUAGAGUUUACAUUCAAGAUUUCUCCUAAAAACUGGAACUUCCUCAGCUUUAAGACAACUUAAUGCAGAGUUAAUGCGACAAGAUAAGGUUUUCAGACUCGAUGCAGUAUGUGAAAUUGGAUCUUUUGGUGGAUUGAACAUUACGAUAUUUACAUUCAGCUGUUUUUUUCUCAUGAGCUUGAGAAAAAGUUUGUAAUUCGAUAACCAUGCGGUAGUGGUAACCUUUCUUGCAGUAAACGCCAUAUUUCCACAAGGCAUUGACCUUUUGGCAUUCAUGCUGCUGUUACCUAUCAACAAUAAGCCUCUCCUAUACAUGUCUGGAGGAAGCCUCUGAUGUCUUGGCGACUGCGCCCACUCCCCAGUCUGCAGUGAUGCUAUAGAGUCCAGCAUCCAUCCCACCAUCUGUCCUCUGACCUCCAGCUGACGGCCUCCAUGUGAGGCUGGAAAUGUUCGACUAACUUCCUGCGGAUGAGGGGGCGAGGAUCUGUCAGCUGGUAACCAGGUUAAAUACCUCCAUGGAUGUAUGUAGGUCAGAUGUGACUGUCAGACCACGUGAUCAGAUUUCUUGUUUGUCAGUCUGAUCAAAUUUACACUGAUGCUCCUCUAGCCCCUCCCCUUCUUAAUUGGUUGUCAAGGAAACCAAUAUGGAGGAGAGAUAGAGGUCCACCAUCUCUCUCUCUCUCUCUCUCUCUCUCUCUCUCUCUCUCUGUCUCCCCUCCCUCUGCCGCCGCCCGCCCGCCGCUCACACACCGGGCUGUCUUCUGAAUCAAACCGAGCUCUCUCUCUACGGCAGCAGCAGCAGCUCGUCGGUCCGUCCGCCGCUGUGAGUGUGUGCGGGUCCGAACCGUUCCCCAACGGUCCGGUCCGUGCCCCGGCGUGUGUGUGUGUGUGUGUGUGUGUGUGUGUGUGUGUGUGUGUGUGUGUGUGUGUGUGGCUGACCCGGUUUCUUCUUCUACGUGCUGUGGACCGGGAGAGCCGCUCUCUCCCCGCACCGACAGACUCUUUAAUGACCGGAUUUGUGCUUUGCUGCGCGAUGUACAUGGACAGAAGCAGCUUGAGCAGAGGUGAGCCUGCAGUGUGCACACACACACACACACACACACACACACACACGCUGAUGCACGCGCACAGGAGCGCGCACAGCCUCAUAUUGUCCAUAUUUGCUCCACGUAUUGGAGUCAUAAAACCCUGAAAUGCUGAUGUGACUCUUGGACGCUCAUAUUAACGAUGGGGGGGGUGACAUCCGCGCGCUCACUCAGGCUGUCGUGCACGAGCGCAGACACUGACCGACAUCUCACCGCAGUGAAUGUAGGCUAGUAUGGCUGCGUGAUACUGCGGGUCUGCCAGCUGUGAGCCUCUGCUCUGCCCAUCAAAAGGAUGUCAGUGACACUCCAGAUCGGAACUCAUCGAUUAUUAACGAUCCGUGUGUGUGUGUGUGUUACUGAUUGACUCCUAAUCCAUUGAUUUUAAAGCUGGAUGCUGAUUGGAGGCUGAUGUGGAUGAACAGCAGGAUGGAGGAGCUGUCAGUCCGUGCGUUAGUGUGGGUUUUUGUGUGUUUGUGUUGGUGUGAUUCUGCAGACAGACGGACACACCCCCUCCUCCACAUACACACAUACGCGUUAACCCCCCCCAUGCUGAGAUCUGCAGGAUCAGGACCGUGUGGCUGCAGCAUGAUGCAGGUUCUGUUGCUCUGUGUUCUCUGUAGACUGGGUCUCAGUCUGAUCUGGAUCUUUGGUUUGGAGGACGUUGUCAAGAUUUGGGCUGAUCCAGAUCAUGUCUACAGAUACUGACCAACACCUAAAAGAUGAUCACAUUCAGAACCAGCUGGUGUCGGGUUAGACUGCAGGAUUUCUGUGUUUAAUGGUCUGUGUGUGUCAGAUCAGACGGUUUUGGAGUCAGGGGGCUGUGCUGAGCUCGAGGUCCAGAACCACAUGUUGUCCCCAAAUCAGACUGUUGCCACAAUCCAGACCCCAAUCACUGCAGAUACACGAUAUGAAUCUAUGAUGGGGCUAUCUGUACUUAAGUCGAAGUUCAAAAUCUGUAUUUCAUACAUGAAGACCGAGGAUGAGCUUCAGUUAGCAGGAUCGAAAGAUAUAUUUCAUACUGACCAGUUGGGGUCACUGUUGAGACGACAAACACUCUAGGCAGUUCAGAUGUCGUCUUCAUGCCACAUCUGAACAAAAGGGUUUAAACACAUGAAUUACAUAUGGAGCCAAUGAGAAGUAACAACAGAGUGAAUGAAAAUGACGCACAUGACAUUCGACAUGCAGAGGACUUUUUAAAAGCACUUUUUUUUUUAAAGGGAUAUUCUGGCGUAAAAUUUAAGUUAGGGUCAAACACACCAUAACACCGAGUGAGACACCCCCUCCAGAGAUGAAUGUUGUCGACCGCUUGCUUCUCUAGUUAUACCAACUUGAGUAAUGACCGCAGGAUAGCAAUACAGAGAGCCAUACGUUCAACCAAAACGCCACUCUAUAGCCACAGAUAAUGCUCAGAACAGCACCUAACUUCAUCAACAGGACAUAUAGGGUCCCAGCCAUAGUACUAGCCACCAAACAUCCUUUUAACUUUGACUAAUUUCUUCAGCCAAGAGACUAAACACAACUCACCUACUCUCUUCCAGCAGCCGCUUGUUUGUAGCCAGACCUCAGUCCAGUCCAUUACGGACUACAGCGGGGUGACACAGCUCAAGGAAGAACAUUUAUGAUCAUUUUUUUAAUCAUUUCCUUGAAGUAAUAAUCAUCAUAUUAAUCAUUUUGCACUGCAGACGCAGUAGUUCUUCUGUCUUAGCAUCUCUGUCUGAUUGUAUUUCCAUGAAGAAAAUUAAUUUCUACCCGAAAUUAAUUUUACGCCAGAAUAUCCCUUUAAAAAUCUUCACCAUGUUGGAUCCAGGAGGGGUCUGAUCGGCCACCCUGAACCCUGAACCCUGAACCGUGAUUGUUUCUGCUCUUUAAAGGAGGACAAUUUUAUUUUGUUGGUACUUUGGUGACGUUGACCACCACCCAGUGCUCACCACAGCAAGAAAAACCAAGUCUGACAGAUUUGACAUAGAACGGUGUACGAUACAGUGCAGGACAUGUGCAGAAGCGUAAAGCAGGUUUAAGGCUGACUGGAACCACCUCAAAACCUUCUCAGUGACCACUUGAACCUCUUCUGUGAUGUGAAAAGCCCCCCCAGAUUAUUGUGAUGACCAUAAAAUAGAUAGACCCCAGGAAUACGAGACUAGAAUACGAGAAGUGUUUCCUACUGAAUCAGUAGAACCUCCUUGGUGGGCACUAGAAGAUCCUGGCUCAAGACUCCCUUAUCCUCCUCCUGUUGUUUGAACAGAACCACCACAAGUCACUCAGUCUGUUUCCAUGACACUCGAGAAAACGGAAUUAUCGGCUUAUUCCAAUUAAGACCGGAUAACUGAAGGUCAUGUAAACACCCUAGUCCGACUAUAGUCAGAGUUUGAGAACUCUGAAUGGAGUCGUAGAACUCCGAUUAAGACACCCAGAUAAUGCGAUUGGAAUUUGUUUUUCUCUACCAUGUAACCAGCGUAGUCGGAGUAUGAUCGGACAAUGCAUGUGCGCAUGUGCCACGCCCCCGUAACCCUGUAACAAAAACACCAGAGAAGAGGAGUAACAUGCGUCUCAUCUGCAGAAAAAGGUGCACGCCCAUCAUGUCGGACAAAAACAACGCUGUACGAUGCUCCAUCUUCUUGCUCCAAAAUGCCCAGCAGCAGUUGUAGACACUUCUGAUGUCUGGCACGGACCUGCUGUUGUUGUUGACGGCUGUAUGGGGUCAGAAACAGCGCAGCUGAAAAGACCCUUAUCGCCCCCUAGUGUUGGGGAGGAGGACACGUUCACGUCAAUAAUUCAAUUUUCUCAGCUGCAUGUAUACGCGGACAAGGAGAGAAAUCUGAUUCAACGAAAAAAAUUAAUAAUGAGCUUUGUCUGAUUAAACUGUGCACUGACUGUCACUGGACCCAAGAGGGCUUACUCCUUGUACCCCAGGACCUCCUCACUUCCAUAUUGAGAAGAGAGUCUGAGGGGAAAGUCCAGGAGCCUCAUUUAUCAACCAUGCGUAAGCACAGAUGUGUGCGUAGUGAGUGUAGUGAUUCCCGCGCAAAGUAUAGAAUUUAUCAACCUGUACUUGUGCUUAGGAACGUGCGUAAAAUUAAGCACAACUCUGACCAUGUGUACACACAAAACCUAGUGGUAGAACAGUGAAACUACAAAUAGAACCCAAUAAAGGAGUCACAGCAUUUAGCAAUGUCAAACUUCACACAUGUUCCCCGUUGCCUCUGUAUAAAAUUCAAUUGAGUAGUUAUUUAGCAGACAUUUUAAAUGAUUGGUGUGACAAGCUAUAAAAAUCAGCUGGGACAGGACAACCUCAAAGAAGUCUUACAAGUACUGAUACAAGAAUCACGGCUUAUUUUGCGCUAUUGGAGGACUUGGAGAACCGUAUGCUCCGCAGGGAGCGCAUUUUUAAAGACAGUGCUGAUCUGUUCAGUGAGAACACAGAGUGGAUUCUCAGCAGGUACCACUUCCCCAAAAUAUUUUAACCGAUUAAUGCCGUGAUUUACAACCCGUGUUGGAGGAGAGACAAAAUGCACCAAAGCCAUCCCAGUGCACAUCUAACUCCUGUCCACCCUGGGAUUUUUGGCCACCGGAACAUUUCAGCGUGAGAUUGGAGACAAAUGCGGCAUUUCGCAGCCUACACUAAGCAGAAUCAUGCCGGAAGAGUUGAAAGCAAUAAUUUCUCUGGCCUCAACUUACAUCCAGUUCCCAAACACACAUCACUAACAAGCCUGAAAAAAAAAAGGAUUUCACGCCAUCGCCGGAUUCCCGAACAUAAUUGGAGCCAUAAUUGCAAUCAGUUGGAGGUGUUUCUGAAUGCAAAUGACCCUAACCAUGCACGAGCACGGUAGUAAAGAACAGGUGGGAUUUAUCAUCACCGAUUACUUAAGUGUGUGCGUACGACAUGUUUGAUAAAUGCAGAUUUUUUUGUAUUUGCGCACAUUCUAAAUUUCAUUCCCACGCCAGAAUUUAGAACUUUUCUACGCACGUUUGAUAAAUAAGGCUCCAGGAGUCUUUGGACCUUGUCAAUGCCGAUAAGAACCUUAAAAAGUACCACCUGAAACAAGUGAAAGGACCUCCUUAUUGACCGGCUCCAGGUCCCUCGUUCAUUUGGCAAAGACCAAGACAUCUUUAGAAGAAAGUACCAGAGUGUGUACAACCUCACCGUCUGAGAAUCUGCUGAAAUAUUGCUUGAAAAAGAAAGUUGAUCAGCACACUGUACCCCCUGAAGGCCUUGUUUACCCCUACAUUAACCAGACCCCUAAACUAAGAACAGAACCACCUUUAAAAAGACAAAGAACUUCCCCAAUAGAGCCUAAACUACUGAGACAAGAAUCACUAUAAAAGAUAAAGGUAGGGUAGGCAGGAUUCCGAUAAAGAAGCAUCUUUUUUUGAGGCGUAUUUACAAAAAUCUUUUAAUAUCAGUCAAUAGUUAUUAGUUAUUGAUGACAUUUGGGAAUACAACAAUAUCUCUGUGUUCUCUUCUGUCUGUGUCGUCAACAUUUGAACAUUUUUGAGCGGUCCGCUCUUUCUGACUGUAAACAAAGCCGUUCUCCACCUCCUCUAACCUGAUUGGUUGUGAGGCAGACGCUGCUCCCUGGUGUCGUUCAGGAGCCCAAACAAAGUUAGCGUGCUACAAUAUCGGACAGUAGGAACCAACCAGAAAGUUCGGAAAAUUGUCUGAAUCCUCCUAUGGCCACGACUGCCGACACAAGCAAGAAAACAAAGUUAAUUCCGGAGACUCUGGAGGAAUAACGGGCGCUUAAAAAGGAGCCUGAUGAUGCGCUUAAAAACAAACCCCCCACUAGACCCAGACCCGAACAGAACCCCCAAAAACGACUCCUUGGAUACUGAUCCAUGACCAUGAGUUAGCUGCAGUUGUAUUUCCUGCUGUCUUACUCUUAGACACAGUUUGUGGAUGUUGCUUUUUACACAGCUCUGUGGUUCAUUAUCUGCUGAUAUCAGCUCCAGGUUUCAGGACCAGCUGAGACUCAAAUCCACCUGGUACUGGUCUAUGUUUCCAUUGUAGCCAUCAGCUAAUAAUCCUGGAUGUGUUUACUGGAGUUUUUCCUUCUAUGAGAAAAAAGUGGAUUUAGAUCUGCUGAGGAGAAACAGGAGUGUGGUCAUAUCUGUGUGAGGAUGAGUGUGUGCAAUCAUCAGAGGAGCUUUGUUGUGUUGCAUUCAUAUUAAAUAUGUGUGUGUGUGUGUGAGAGAGUGGGUGUAGUUGUGUGCUUAGUGUUGAAUUUAAUACUUCCUCCAUCACUCCUCUGCACACUAACAUGUGGCGCCUCGGUUUGUUCUGCUCUGUUCAGUAGAGACAGUCUCUGCAGAUGAUAAGCUGCCUGUCUGCAACUCAACCUGACACACAUCUGUUCGUGUGUGUGCGUGCAUGCUUUUUGGUGCACAUGAAGGUUAUUGUGAAGCUGAGUGUAUUAAAGUAACAGUGAGAGAGGAGAGCAGGGAGAGGAGCAGGAAGAGGAGAGGCUGAAUGAUUUGUUGGAUCUGCAGUCUGAGCUCAAAUCCUUCAGUUUUGAUCCUUCAAUGUUAAAAUACUGAAAAACGUGAAAUCUGAGGUUUAACUGAGUGAGUAUUAUCACCAAAGUUAAAAUAGAAGCUCUUAAAUUGAAAUCUAGACCCUUAUCAUCCAUAUUUUAGUCAACAAAAUAAAAGUGUAAAAUUUGACAUCUGUCGCCAAUCUGAGGCGAAGGAGGUGGCGACAAGUCCUACUUCAUGUUUGGACGUAUGACAGAGGGGAUGUGUCCUCUUCGGAUCAGAGGGAUUCUGGGUAAUGUAGUUUGUUGAGUGAGGGUUCUCAGAGAGAAACACAAACAACACAGACGAGCGGAAAAGACCUGAAGAAAAUCUGCUUAAUUCAGCAUUUAAUGACCGAGGCUGCAGUUAUUAUUAGACCACACACCGCACACACACACCAUCUGCUUUACAUUAGCCUGUUGAUGUUUUCCCAUGACCUCUCCCAUCACGUUCACAUCUGUACUCAAUCACUGUGGGCGCUCAGUUUCUUCAUUAACGUCUCAAUUAUCUCAUUUUCUGUUCUGAUCGUUUGGACUCCGUCUCCGUCCUCAUUCAGUACUUUUGGAGGUUUUGAUGUGAGGGGAAACAUUUUCAGACCCUCUAAUGCUGAGUCAGAGGUCGGAGGGUUUUACAGGCAUGCUUUAUCUCAUAAUGAUUCCCACACCAGGAGUAGUCCUGCAGUCUUCAAUAAUCAUAGGGUCGCAUCAAUAAUCAAUACCUUUGUCCUCUGCAGAUGUUACUGCUGCAGUAUUUGCAGGUUUUUAAUUCUCGUGAAUAAUUAAUGAGCCUGAGAAUAAACAGCAACUCAGCAGAAAGUAUCUCCACCCUCACCUCCACCACAGAUGGACUCAGUGUAUGGAUCUGAUUCAGGUCACAAAGCAUCCUGGGAGUUGUAGUAGCAGUGAUGGCCCAGGGAAGACGUUACUGUCCGAACCCUGAAUUUUUGAAUCUAUUUCUGCGAUUUUGAAUGAUUCCUCUCAGCCAAUCAGCUGUCCGGAAGCACAGACACUCAACCAAUGAGCUGCGGCCGCAACAAACCACAAAUAUCUGCUCUGUCCUCCAUGUGGAGUUUAUUUCUGUCCAGCUGCAGGAGACCUCAUGUGGAAGCUAUUACUGUGUUAGUCUGUGUGUGUGUGUGUGUGUGUGUGUGUGUGUGUGUGUGUGUGUGUGUGUGUGUGUGUGUGUGUGGAGACUGUUCUUGCAAUUAGCUGGUUUCUUCAUGCUCUUCUCAGACUGCCUGUCUAAAUCCAACACUGUCCUCAGAACCAGGAGGAUGAUUGGACGUCUGCUCCCAGAAUGUGAAGCUGCUGUCUGUAUGUGAUGGUUUGAAAUUUAAGACUUUAUUUUUUUUAACACAAAGACGACACAUAACAGAAGUGCUAUAUAGGGUCUCAGCCAUAGUACUAGCCACCAAACAUCUUUUUAACUUUGACUAAUUUCUUUAGCAAAGAGACUAAACGCAGCUCGCCUACUCUCUUCCAGCAGACGCUUGUUUGUAGAGAGACCUCAGUCCAGUCCAUUAUGGACUACAGCGGGGUGACACAGCUCAAGGAAGAUUGGGUUUAGUCUUUUUGCUGAAGAAAUCAGUCAAAGUUAAAAAGAUGUUUGGUGGCUAGUACUAUGGCUGUGACCCUAUAUGUCCUGUUGAUGAAGUUAGGUGCUGUUCUGAGCAUUAUUUAUGACUAUAGAGUGGUGUUUUGGUUGAGGUUUGUUUAUGGCUCCUCAGACCACUGUGUAUUUCUAUCCUGCGGUCGCUGCUAAAGUUGGUAUAACUAGAGAAGCAAGCGGUCAACAACAUUCAUCUCUGAAUGGGUGACUAAGUCCGUGUUACAGUGUGUUUGACCCUAAAUUAAUUCUACGCCGGAAUAUCUCUUUAAAAGGAGAACAAUGUUUAUGUUUUUGGUUUUGAUAUUUGAUCUCUUGUCUUUGCAUUAUUUUGAAUUAAAUAAAUUUAUUUAUUGAUAUCUGCUUGUGUACCUGGAGGUAACAUUUAACAUACAGUAAAGUUUACUGUAUAUCUGGAGGCUUUUAUUUUGACAGUCUGUGGGUGUGGCCUGUCUAUAACUUGACCACUGUCGUCCUGUCCUGUCUCCCAUCAGGUCCCUCCUCCUCCUCCAGUCCCAGUUUGCUGACUAAGAGUCUCUCUGUGGAGCCAUCCUGCUCUCCGUGUGGCCACCAGGGGACACUGGACACUAACGCUCCCCAGCAGCCGCUCUCUGACCCUGGGCCCAGCUUCUCCUCCUCCGGCCCUGCCUCCCUGGAGGGAGGGGUGGAGCGAGCAGAGUGCCGCUGUUCAGGUCAUGGCCUGCUAUUGGUUAAUGACACGGGGCCGCCGGAGCUGCCAGCUACCACAAUAACACCACCGAGCAAGAGAGCGCUGCUGCCCGGACCGAAGCCUCAAGGUGAAAAACUUCAGAUUUCAAACUUUGAGACGCUCUCAGAUUUUUAAUCUCAAGAUUAUAAUGACAAUAUAUCGCUGCCUCCACAGUCCCGCCCAAACCGCCACACCUUCAGCAGCAGGCAGGUGUAUCCAGGCCACGCCCCCGGGCACCAGAGAAGCCCCUCCCACCUACCCCUCCAUGCAGACCCCUCCCAGCGGACCCCAGAGGGACCAGGAGUCCCCCAAUCCGAGCCGAUGGCACUGCCUCUCCGACCUGUGUCCUCUCACUGAUCGAGAAGUUUGAACGGUGGGUCCUGAUUGGUCAAAAACAGAGUGAUGUCAUUGAUUGACAGCUGAUUGUAACCAAUGUGUUUGUUUGCGAGCAGGGAACAGAUCAUUGUGGUCCCUGAUAUCACCGGGGGCUCUCUGUGUCCCCGCCUCCCUGAGCCCACCUCGUCCCAGCCUUCAUCACCGUCAUCAGCAGCCCCUCCCCCACCUGCUGAGGAGCUGCCUGCCGAGCUGACAUGUCCUGAUGACAUCACAACGGGUGAGGAGGGAGACCUUCACCCUGAUGAUGUGGACAAUGAGAACAAUGACGAUGAAGAUGACGAAGAUGAUGAAGAGCUGGCUGCGGCGUGUUGUGAUGACCACCAUCAGAAGCGUCUGUCGAUGGAAUCAGGUUACAGCCCCUCAGAGAAACACCUUGAGGAUGAUGUAGUUACCGUGGAGAUGAGGGAGCAACAACAAGAGCCACCGCUGCUGGACCAAUCAGAGCUCCCCUCUGAGCGCCUGUCCCUCCCCUCCUCACAGACUGACGGGAAGCUAGCCAAUCGGGACAGCGGCAUCGACAGCAUCAGCUCGCCGUCACACAGUGAGGAGCUCUGCUUUGUGGGUGUGGACGAUGGAGGUGUAGCUUAUCCCUGCAGCCCCGCCCUCCUGCCCCGCCUCUCCAGCUCGUCCUCUUGCGUGGGAGAGGGAGGGGAAGGAGAGGAGGGGGAGGGGAGAGGCGAAGCCAGGCGGAGGAGGGAGUUCUCCGAGGAAGGAGACAGCGACCUGGAGGAGGAGGAGGCGGAGCUUACGAUAGUGCUGCCGCCCCCGAAGACAGAGAGACAGGACUCAGUGGAGGUGAGUGUCUGAUAUGAUACAUGUCUGCAGAGCCCAGCGAAUUGUUGUAGGUUGGCAGACAAUUCAUAAAAAGAUGAUAAUAAGUAAAAAAUGUAAAAUUAAUAAAAUCUAGAUUAAUAUCUAAACAUGUGACUGUGGGCACUUAUUUAUUUUUAAUAUAGAUUUCAAAUCCUUGAAAGGAAGUGGGCCGAGUUCCAAGAACUGAACACUGUCUUCAUAAAUUUUAAAGAUUUUUAUGUUAUCUUUAAUAGUAAUAUGUGACUGCGGUCACUUAUUUAUUUAUUAACUUGUUUAUUGAAUCAAAUUUCAAGAAUAGAUGUGGAACAGCGGUUAAAAAGAGGGUUGUGGAUCUGUCAUGCAAUGACCUACUCCGUCCAGCAGGGACGCAAAGAUAGGCUGUAUUGGGACAGAGGAAAAAGUGCCUAGAUAGUGAAUUUCAUUCCACUACGCUGGUUCUACUUGUUCAAUAUAUUUUUGCAUAGACAAUAUUAUUCUGGACUUUGAGUUAAAAUAUCUACUCAGACUAUCUGUCAGACUUUUGUCACCAGCCAGAAAUGUACAUAUAUGUGAGUAACCCAAAAAACGAUUAUAUGGUGCUGCUGUUUUUGCUUGUAGAAACUGCUAUGUUGAUUCUGGCAAGACAAAAUCUUUCUCAAAUGUCAUAAAUACAUCUACCUAACAUCUGAAACAGUUAUUGGUGCCUUAGUAUACGCAUAAGUGAAUUCAGAUUAUGAAAUGUAGCAAAUUUCAUGAAGAAAAUGCCUCAACUUAAGUGAUUUGCACCCAGCACAAUGAAAUAUAUACAGUAAAUUUAGCUAAAAGCUUAUGUUUCAUACAUAAAAAUGACACAACCUACUGUGUAAUAAAAGCAAUAAAAUAUAAACAGCACACCAUGUCCAUUAAUUGCUGAAAAUCAAUAAAAUUGCUACCACGCCCCCCCAAAAUUGGAAUAAUGGAAAAAAUGUAACAAGACAAAAAUAAAUGCACAAAAGGUCUGAAUUGAUUCAAAAUAUGGUAUAAAACAUUUAUUCAAGUAUCAUCAGAUUUGUAGUCAUCCAUGUCACUGCCAACUCCCCAUCCUCAAUGUGCCACCCAUUGCCAGUGUGUGAAGGGGCACACAUUUUACCAGUCAUAGAAUGUUUCAUCACCGCUGCUUGGUAGUUUGCUCUCAAGCAACAGAAAAUGUUUUUCUUUUGCCCUUGCCAUGAAAGGCUCUGGUCGAGUCACAACCUGUGAACGUAUGGAUGCACAAUGGGUGUGUGUUUUGAUCUUUAUUUUUAUAUUCUGGAGGGGUUGAUAAAUGUCAGAUGUUUUGACACUGUGAUACUACAAACUUAACCACACUGCACUCCUAAGCAUAAAAAAAAAAACUGUAAGCAAACAAAGUCACUCCAAAAGGGAGGAAAAAACAACAAGGCUAUGAAACAGAAGCUAGAUCUAGAAACUAAACAGGGAAAAAACUACAACAGAAAAUCACUCUUCUAAAGAGGAAACAAGGAUUAUCAAAAAUACAAACGUGGUUAUCGAGCAAGGCUGUGGACAUGAAGGCUGGAGGAACACGAAUAAACGAGACACUCUGGCACAGGACAAAGGGAGACGCCGACUAUAAGACACAUGAGGUUAAUGGGGAACAGGUGGAAACAAUCAGGAAUCAGGGGAGAUGACAGACCGGAGACACAAGAGGAAGGGCAAGUGACCUGAAACGAGAGGAGAGUUAUUUUUCAAAAUAAAACAUGAAAAUGACAAGACAGAAAAACCAGGACAAGACACCCCUCACCGCGUUGUGACAAAAACAGCAGCGCCAUUUAAUUGCGUUUUGUGUUACUCACAUAUAGGCUGUAUUGGGACAACGGGAAAAGUGCCUAGAAAGUGAAUCUCGUUCCACUUUAGUGGGGCAACAUAAACUGUGAUUCAUAAAAUAGCUCUAUUGAUAGUAAGCAUUAAAAAAAAAAUCUACUUAUGCCAUCCAGUUGAUUUUUAGUCAUCAGUGUUUCGGUGUCGAACUAUUUCCUUUCUGUGGCGCAGCGAUAUUUGCACACACGCAAUCGAAUAUGGAAAGGUGUGAAGCGAUUUUUGUCACGUGGACCAAUAGGAGCCGAGUCUCUGGGCCAUAGAAUCAGAACAACACAAUCAUGGCGACGAGCGCAUCCAGCAGCGAGACAAGCGAAGAGAAAGAAAAGAAAAGGAAAAAAAGAAAACAGCCUUCAAAAGUGCAUAAAAAUUUUAUUUUAUGAAUCACAGUCUAUGUUGCCCCACUGAAGUGGAACGAACCAACACGAUCUCACUCAACCAAUACAGCCUAUAACAGUGAGUAUAUUUCAAGAGGUAGGUCUACGGUUUAGAGAUAUUUCAGUCACUUUAGUUCCAUUUGUCCAUAGUUUGUCCUUCAUAUCAAAACAGGACAGAAACAUCCUCGCCCCUAAUGUCUAACAACACCCAGAGAGCAUAUCAGAUAGGACAGUAGGGGGCGCUGUACUCAAGCAUAAAAGAAAAUAAAGAAAAAAAAUGAAUCAGAGCACAUGAUUAGUUGUCAUUAACUGCCUCCUUCUGUGAUAAAAUGACAUUUAAUCAGGAUGGGUUAUCCAUUUCCUCCAUAGCCUGGUGAAUUUUUCCGUGCACAGGUUCAAGGAAAAGGUCCGUUUUUCCAUGUCAUAUAUUUUUUUCACAAUUAUAAUCCACUCCUCUUUGGUUGGGGGCUCUUUCGAUAGCUAUCUUCUUGUAAUAGCUUUUUUACCAAACAUUAUUUUAAUCAAAUAUUUAUAAGUAGCAAGGUAAAUUGUGCAAAAUUCAUUAUUUAUCUCAAAGCCUACCACUGAAUUAAUUUUCUUCACUACAACCUUCCAUUAGGAACAUAUAAUCAGACAGUCCCAGAAAAGAUGGAAAUGAUCUGCCUGAGUGUUUCCACACUCUCUUCAACAUUUUCCAGAACUUGUCUGUCCUUUCUGGAUGUGCUUUUUAGUAACAUGACGCUUAAUCAAAUUUGAAGUUUGAGGUCAGUGAGUGAAGAUUUUUACAAAGCGCCUCAUCUUGGGACCAAGAACUGUACAAACAAUUAUCACAGUCCCUGAACCUGCAAAAAAGGAAUUUCAACAAAGGAAAACAGCCUUGUAUUAAGGAAAUAAGUCUUAUUUUUUAUGUACAAAAGGAAUAUUCAUCUUGUCAAGCAUGUUUGGCAUUAGUAAAAUUCUCUAUUUUUAAGAGAAAAUGGCUAACUUUUUCUUGAUAAGAUAUUCCAGCUAAUUUUGAGAUAGAAUGAACCAGAAAUAGAGGAGAAAAAUGUUUUAUGAUAAAAUCCAGUGGAGCUACAAGAUCAUUUGUCUCAUUUUAAGAGUAAAGGUCCUUACACACCGGGAACGACGCAAAUAUACGACGCGAAAUUACAAAAUAUUCAGAGUUGAAUUUCGACGCACCUGACUAUACACAUCAAGCCCGAUGCAAUUUUGCAACUUUCCAGGGGGGAAAAAGACGCAUCCCAGGUGGAAGCGAGUAGACUGACCCAACAGCAGUGUUUCUCAGUUUUGAUUAGACACUAGUGUUGAGAUGGCUGUCUGUCAUGAUAGCAUGUACUGAGUCGGGGCCAGUACCAGAUAAGAUUUUGUCUAGGUAACCCCAACAGAGCUUGGCAGAAUACUUAGGGUCAUUGUCUUGCUGCAAAACAAACUUGUGACCCACAAGUUUGAGUCCAGAUGGAACAGCAUGGUGCUGGAGGAUGGAGUGGUACUGUCCAUUCUUCAUGAUACUCUUUACUUCAAACAAAUCUCCUACUCCAUCACCUGCAAAACAUCCCCAUACCAUGGAACUACCACCUCCUUGCUUAAUUGUGGGUGUAACACAUGGUGCUUUCAGUCGUUCACCAGUUUGUCUGCGGACAUAGACUCUGCAUUUUGAACCAAACAGUUCAAACUUGCUUUCAUCGGUCCAGAGAACUUGUUUCUAGUCAUCAUAAGUCCAAGUUUUGUGAGCUUUUGCCCACUCAUAUCUCUUUUUCUUGUUCUGUGGACAAAGUAGUGUUUUUUUUGCAGAUACACAACCCUUCAGACCAGCCUUUCUCAAACAUCUUUUCACUGUCGUCAGAGAUAUGGGUUUCCACCUUGUCAUGUUGAUUUCCUCCCUUAUUUGUGGUGCUGUCUUUCGCCGAUCUCUCUUACUGGUGACAAUGCUCUGUUUAUCCUCUGCUUUUGUAGUAACUCUCUUUCGUCCAGUCCUUUUUCUAUCAUCAUAACUUCCCGGUUUUUCUAGUCUCCUUAGAGUGUAGUGGACUCCUUUGUUAGACACCUUUAGGCAUUUUGCAAAUUUCUCUUUCUGUGUAUCCUUCUUUCCUCAAUGUAUGAAUCUGUACUUUUGUUUCUUUACUCAGCUGCUUCUUUCUAGCCAUUUUUGCGGUAUUUUGAAUGCAGUUGAGAUUUAUUAGGAUUUUUGUAUGCAGGCUCUCAAAAGCCAAAAAGUGAAAGUGAAUAAUCCGAUUGUGAUUUGUUUUUUUGCUUUUGCACUGAAGUUGUGACUUUUGCAAAUGUUUUCAACCCUAAAACUAAGCCCUUAUUAUCUUUUGCUGACAUAUAUUUAGCAAUGGUCUGUUAACAUCAAUGUGUAUCUAAAGGUAAAUGGAGUAAAUUGGUGCAUUUCCAUGAAAGCAACAUCUGAUCAUGGAGUAAAUACAUCCCAAAAUACAUACAACUCAUGUUGGAUUUUAAAAAAAAGCAUUGUGAACAAAAACUUAAAGUUACUCCCAACUGUUCGGCCUGUAGUGUAUAUGUCAUCAAUAUGCAACAAAUGUCACCAUUGUUCGACAACACAAACAGGCGCGGAAAGCAAUUUUGUGCUUUGUGCGCAUGCGGGUCACUUCACAGACGCAUUCCGUUCACAUUAGAUGCCGCGUUUGUUGUUGUAAUGUGAAUGACCGCACAAAAAGAUCGUAUUUAACAAAAAAUCCAAUUUGUGCAUCAUAACCUGCAGUAUGAACGUAGCCGUAUAUUUGCUAUGCUGUUUUGAGAAAUGAUGUCUUAUUAGAACCACUGUCAUGCUCAUUAAUAAUCCUAGAUUUAGGUAUUUUCUUAAAGUCAUUUAUUCAAGAGACAAAAAUUCUAAUUUUAAGUAACUUCAACUUCUUGCAGUAGAAAAAUGUGUUUAAUAUCAGAUUUUUCUGUCCAGUUUUAAGUUUCAUUUGAGUCUGUCAGGGCCAAGACAUUUGUUCUUAUUUUGAGAAUUCUUUUUCUUUGAGAAAAGCUUACCCCUUUGGCAAUUUUUUUUGCUUGAUUUAAGAUUAUUUGAUUGAAUAUAAGAAUAUUUUGCUUCUUUCUAGUAGGGCUGUUUUUUCAGUGUAAAGGAAAUACCGUAUUUUUCGCACUAUUAGGCGCACUUAAAAUCCUUUUGUCUCGGGGGGGGGGGGGUGCAGCUACCUUUAUAAUCCGGUGCGCCUUAUGUAUGAAAAUAGACGCGAAUAGACUAGUUCAUUAAUGGUGCGCCAUAUAGUGCGAAAAAUACAGUACUGAUCUGGUUCUCUGUCCGUCCAGCUGUCAGUCCAGCAGAGGGUCUUCAACAUCGCCAAUGAGCUGCUGCACACGGAGAUCGCCUACGUCUCCAAGCUCCACCUCUUGGACCAGGUGAGAGGGUCCUGUCUCUGUUACCGUGGAAACCUGUCUGUCUUUCACACCCUGCAGCACAGGCAAGUGGGAGGUGUUGACCGUUUGUUCCCCCUUCUGCAGGUUUUCUGUGCCAGACUCUUGGAGGAGGCGCGGUCUCGCUCCUCGUUCCCAUGCGAUGUGGUCCAGGGGAUCUUCUCCAAUAUCUGCUCUAUCUACUGCUUCCACCAACAGUUCUUGCUGCCUGCUCUGCAGAAACGCAUGGAGGAGUGGUGAGGAACGUCCUCCUCCUCCUCCUCCUUCUCCCUGCCGGAUCUCCUCCUCUGGAGCUGCUCUGACCUUUUCUCCUCCUUCGUCUACAGGGACUCCAACCCGCGGAUCGGGGACAUCCUACAGAAGCUGGCCCCCUUCCUGAAGAUGUACGGAGAGUACGUGAAGAACUUUGACCGAGCGAUGGAGCUGGUCAAUACCUGGACUGAGAGAUCUGCUCAGUUCAAGACCAUCAUUCAGGAGAUCCAGGUCCACAUCCAUACCCGUACACUCACCUGUGUCUGUUCCUGUGUGUGUGUUUCUGACAGUGUGUGUGUGUGUGUGUGUGUGUGUGUGUGUGUGUGUGUGUGUGUGCGUGUGUGUGUGUGUGCAGAGGGAGGAGCGCUGUGGGAACCUGACUCUGCAGCAUCACAUGUUGGAACCGGUCCAGAGGAUUCCUCGCUACGAGCUGCUGCUCAAAGACUACCUGCACCGCCUGCCGGAGGACGCCCCCGACUACAGGGAUGCCCAGAGUGAGUAAACACACACACACACACACACACACACACACACACACACACACACACACACACACACACACACACACAUAGAAACAAACACACAUCUUCUGUAGAGGAUGGAGGACUCACCGUGGUCAUGCUGUUUUCUCUGCAGAGUCUCUGGAGCUCAUCGCCACGGCAGCAGAACACUCCAACGCAGCCAUCAGGAAGAUGGUGAGAGUUUCACACGGACAACACCCACAACUGUCAGACACACACACACACACACACACACACACACACACACACACACACACACACACACACACACACACACACACACACACACCACUUUCCAGCCUGUUAGUUGGUCAUUUACCUCUGAUUACAGAUGAUGAGUCGACCUGUGUCAUAUUCAGUUCAUCUGUGGUGUGUAAACCCAAAACAUUCAGGAUCUGUAUUGAGCGCGUUUCGUAUCAGCGUUGGGUAUCUCAUACAGGAUCAGCGUAUUUGGAGCAUAAAUAAAGUAAAACUAUGUGAGUGCUGCUGCUGAUGUAGGCCUAUGAUUCCUACCGCUGAUAUGUCAAAGCUCCGCUAACGUUAUGUGCCUCCUGCUGUGCAGUGUGCACUGAGCAUCCAAAGAGCAGAUAGUUGUGGGGCAAAACAAUGUAGCAAAAAAAGGACAUAUCCUUCAGGAGCCGAGAAAAGAAAGAGGAAGAAGAGAAAAAACGCCAAGAUAAAGGUCUGUUUGCAUGUCAGGGAAUGUUAAUCAAAGAGAUUUGUGAAGGUGUGUGAAAGAUCAACAGUCAAUGUUAUUGGCAGAAAUAGAGGGCCCCAAAAUCACAUUUUGCUUAGAGCCUGGUUGCUUAGGGCUCUGUCUAUACUGAGCCCAGCUGACCAGAGCUGCACUAUGCUACUGCUACGCUCCAAAUACACUGAUCCUGUAUGAGACACCCAACGCUGCUCUACGGAGAAAAUACGGAACAACACGCUCAAUACGAAGGGUUAUUCUUACUCCGAUCUCUCUCCUCAGUCAGCCUCAUUAUUCGCAGCUUCACCUGUUGAAACAGAACAUUUGUUGACUGCUCCUCUGUGACUCCAGCUUCAACCUCACUUCACUUCAACUUUCUUAUGUCCCAAAAAUGGGCAAAUCGGGUUGCAGCUGGCACAGGCAUUUAAAACACUGCCAUACAUCAUAAAAAGAAAAUAAAUAAAAUACAUUAAAUUAAAAACAGUUCAGGAGAUAAAAAGUAUUAAAGAUGAUUUAGAAGGUAAAAAGAAAAGAAUAUGCCCGUCAUACCAGUAUUUUUGCAUGAACAGAGUGCUUAAGAUUAAAUGCAGAAACAAAGUGCAAUGUGCGGUUUGCGUACCAAUAAAAGACCCCUGGAUGAAGCUUGAUCUGGAAUAAUAAUAAUAAUAAUAUUCACCACAUACUAUCAGAAACAGUUAUCUCUUCCUGCAGGAAUCAUUUCGGGCUCUGAUAGAGCCUGGGAUGAAGGAAUUUUUAUACCUGUUUUUUGUGGUUGUAGAAACUCACAGCUGAUGGCCAGAAGGUAAACAGAUUGUAUUCUGAGCUGAGAGGAUGGUCACUAUAAGACCGAAUGGACACAGCUUUUUUAAGAACCUGCUUGUUAGAAAUAUGAUUCAAGCUAGUGAACUGCACGCCUGCAAUCUUACUUACCACCUUUACAAUCCUGUCCAGGGCAUUUUUCUCUCUGGUCCCCAGGUUGCCGUACCAACAGAUACAGUACAUACAAUACAAAGCAGAAUGAAACAAUGACAUCAGGGACUUAUCAAUUUGAAAUUUGGCGAGCUCUCUUAAACAAAAAAGUCGUUGCUAGCCUUUCUUGCACAGCUCUUCGGUAUUACAUUUGAAUUUCAGGCUAUUGUCGAUCAGAGUGCCUAGAUAUUUAUAGUUAGAUACGAUCUCCACAGCCUCACCCUUGACAACGCUGUUCUGGGGAGCUGGGGGGGAUCGUCUAAAAUCUAUACACGUCUUUUGUUUUACUGACGUUAAGUUGUAGGAAUGCGUUUUCACACCUCAGAAUAAAAUCAUCAACAACAGGACCGUGGCUAUUUUCACCGUCAUCAAGGAGGCGGACAAUAACUGAAUCAUUGGCAAACUUUGUGAUAUGUGUAUUUGUAAAAGAGCUACGACGAUCAUUUGUGUAUAGCAUGUAUAAUUAUGGAGAUAAAACACAUCCUUGUGGAGAGCCGGUAGAAGAUAUACGGACAUUUGACAAUUUCCCAUUCACCCUUACUGUCUGGGUCCCAUUGGUGAGGAAAUCAAGACCUCCUACUCCAGUUCAACAAGCUUUUACUGCAGCCCUGCAGGCCCUCACGGUACUGCAUGUCUCAGUUACAGCACCGCUGCCUUUUUGCUGCCACCUGCUGGCCUGUGGUGUUUGAUGCAUGUCAGGCACAGUCAGUGGUAUUUCUUGGAUUGAGGAGAAUGUGCAUCUUAUAAUGACAGUGAGAUACAGAACUGACCCGUACAUUCAGAGGAGAAACUCCCAUGAGACUUUGGUUCCCACUUCUGUCCAACAUGUCAGAAAGUUAACUCAUGUGUGUCUCUCACCUGUCCACCUGUCCACCUGUCAGGAGCGGAUGAGGAAGUUGUUGAAAGUGUACGAGUUGUUAGGAGGAGAGGAGGACAUUGUGAACCCGACGAACGAGCUCAUCAAAGAGGGACACAUCCUAAAACUGUCCAACAAGAACGGGACCACGCAGGACAGAUACCUGAUCCUGGUACUCACCUGUCCUCUUCUUACCUGUCCCAUAGGAAUGUGUAAACUGCUCACCUGACUGAAACCUGUCUCUCUCUUUCUACAGUUUAACGACAGGUUGCUGUACUGUGUCCCGAAGCUGCGUCUGAUUGGUCAGAAAUACGGCGUCCGUGCUCGCAUUGACGUGGACGGCAUGGAGGUGAGACAUGAUCAGCAGGUGGUCUCUGUUAGAAACACCUGAAUCACAUUUAACCUGUCUGUCUCACCUGUGUCCAGCUGAAGGAGACCAGCAGUGCGGCUGUUCCCCAGACAUUCCUGGUUUCUGGGAAGCAGAGAUCUUUAGAGCUGCAGGCCAGGUGAGUUCAGAGACACACCUGCAGACCGACAGGUUUCAAAGUCUCCUGGUCACACACUAAUGGUUUCUGUUUGUGUUCCUGCAGGACGGAGGAGGAGAAAAGAGACUGGAUACAGGUGACAAACCGAAGACUGAUACCUAAUACCUCCUGACCGCACUGAUGUCAUGGUGUUAAUCAAUACUUCUCUGUCCUGUCUUCAGGCCAUCCAGGCGACAAUCCAGAGACACGAGCAGACGAUGGAGAGCUUCAGACAGCUCAACUGUUCCCUCAGAGAUGACGAGUCCACUCCUCCUCACUCUCCGGUAACUUUCACACCAACAGCUGAUCCUUCAGCCGAGGUUUAUGUCUCGAACCCGGGAAUCCCACUGGAUCCAGAAUGCCAGGCAGCUCAAAUAUGCAAGCAUACAGCGCCCACCGGAUCCGAUCCACCUCUGCAAUCAGAGGAGAAGCGCUUGCAAGAUUACCGAUAUUUCCCGCGAGACUGGACAUUUUAUGGAAGUAAAUCUGUGCCAUCUGAUUUUGAAUUUGAAUUUCUAAAACUGAAAUUUUUGUUGCAUCAAAAUCAGACUUUUUUUAAAAAAAAAAUUUGAAUUUUUAAAUAAUUGAAUUUCAAGCAUGCAUUUUUAUUUCUGACACUAAUUUUUUUUCACAAUGAUUAAAUAAAUUCAGUGUAAAAAGAAAGGUCUCAUAAAUAUUCAUUUAGUAAAAAUUCGACAUAAAAAAACGUGUAAAAACAAUUCAACACAAAGAAAAUUUCAGUGUCAAAAAAUUCAGUUAAAAGAGACCAACUCAACAUCCGGGUAACCAGGGAGAAUCAAUUGUAUGAAGUUAAUCUUUGCCAUCUGGUUUUGAAUUUCAAUUUCUAAAGCUGAAUUAUUAUUUUUUAUGCAUCAUAAUCAGACUUUGAAUUUCAAAACCAUCAAAUUUCAAGCACGCAUUUUUAUUUCUUACAGAUUCAGUGAAAAUUGGACUCAAAAAAACUGUUAAAAAAAUUGACAUUAAAACAAUUUAGUGUAAAAGAAUUCAGAGUAAAAAAAAUUCAGUGUAUAACGAUUUCUGGUUCAAUUAUCCACCGUCCAACCAAUCAGUUGAUACUAGAUUGGUCAUGUAGCACAGAUAUGGAAGUAAGUCUGUGCCAUCUGAUUUUAAAUGUGAAUUUCUAAAGCUAAAAUUUUUUGUAUCAAAAUUAGACUGAAUUUCAAAACCAUCAUAUUUCAAGCACAAAUUUUUAUUUCUAACAGAUUUAGUGAAAAUUGGACUCAAAAAAACUGUAAAAAAAAAUUCGACAUUAAAACAAUUCAGUGUAAAAGAAUUCAGAGUAAAAAAAAUUCAGUGUAUAACGAUUUCUGGUUCAAUUAUCCAUCAUCCAACCAAUCAGUUGAUACUAGAUCAGUCAUGUGGCACAGAUAUGGAAGUAAGUCUGUGCCAUCUGAUUUUAAAUGUGAAUUUCUAAAGCUAAAAUUUUUUGUAUCAAAAUUAGACUGAAUUUCAAAACCAGCGAAUUUCAAGCACGCAUAUUUUAUUUCUGACACAAUUUUUCACAAUGAUGGAAUAAAUUCAGUGUAAAACAAAUAUAUCAAAAUAUUAAUUUAAUAAAAAUUUCAACUGAAAAAAACUAAAACAAAUUCAACAUAACAAAAAAAAUUAAGCGUCAAAUAAUUCAAUGUAAAAAGAUUCAGUUUAAAAGGAACUGACUCAACAUCCGAGUUAUAAGAGAGAAGCAAUCGAUUGGAUUCAAUCUUCCACUGGAGUCGAUGUCACAUGACCAAUCUAGCAUUAAUUGAUUGGCUGGAUGGAUGAUUGAGCCAGGAAACAACUGCUUCUCUCUUGUUACCUGGAUGUUGAGUCUGUCUCUUUUACACCGAAUUUUUUUUAAAACUCAGUUAUUUGACACAAAUUUUUUUUUUAUGUUGAAUUUUUUUUUUUUUUUACAGUUUUUUUUGUUGAUUUUUUACCAAACAAAUAUUUAUGACAGACUGAUUUUUUUUUUACACUGAAGUUAUUUAAUCAUUGUGAAAAAAAUGUAUGUCAGGAAUAAAAAUGCAUGCUUGAAAUUUGAUGGUUUUGAAAUUCAGAGUAUGAUUUUAAUGCAAAAAAAAAUUCAGCUCGAAAAAAAUACAAAUUCAGAAUCAGAUUUACUUCCAUACACAGACCUCAGUGGAAGAUUGAAUCCAAUUAAUUGCCUCUCCGUGGUUACCCGGAUGCUGAGUCCGUCUCAUUUACACUGAAUUUUUUUACACUGAAUUAUUUGACACUUCAUAUUUAUUUUUUUUAUGUUUAAUUUUUUUUACACAAUUUUUUAAAGUCAAAUUUUCACUAAAGAAAUAUUUUGAGAGACUCAUUUUUAUACACUGAAUUUAUUUCAUCAUUUUGAAAAAAAUUGUGUUAGAAAUAAAAAUGCCUGCUUGAAAUUCAGUGGUUUUAAAAUUUAAAGUCGGAUUUCAAUGCAAAAAAAUCCAGCUUGAAAAAUACAAAUUCAAAAUCAGAUGGCACAGAUUGACUUCCCUAACAUUUCCUCAUGAGACAUUGAAUGAGAUCCGCCGAUCGGUGUAAAUAAACACUCACAUCCCACAACUCUGACCUCUCCCAUUAUCAAGUUAGAACACUUCAAUGUCUUGACUUUAUUUUAUUUAGAAAAUUAACCAGAUAUUUUUCUCUGUAGCCGCAUACAACUUCCGCUGCUUCUCGUGCUGCGCUGUACUGUGAUGUCCAGCAAAAAUAGAAGCUUUGCAUAUCUGAUCGGUCGCCGGAGCCGAUCCGCAGCGGAGCCGAACAGCUUCUGUGGAAUGACUCACAUUGACUAUAAUAGGGUUGGCUAUCGUUUUAUUUUGAAGGAUUCUGAUUCUGAUUCCUCGUUUUGAUUUCAGUUCCUAUCAAUUCUCUAUUCCGAUUCUUUUUAAAGGCUGGAUAUUAAAAAAAUGCAUGGUUUAAAUGAGGGUGCUAACCCGAGUUCUUCUUUUUGGAUGAAAUUUCUGAACUUCUCCAUGAAUUUUUAAAUUAUAUUAACUUUUUAAGAACUUUACUAUGAAUUUCUCACAUUUUCAACCAGUAUAUAAAUAUCAGUUUUUGUUGCCAGGUCUUUUGUCUAUGAAAAAGCACAAGGGCUAAUGUUAGUUGGAUAUUUAAGUUGAUCAACUGUACACAGUACAAUUUAUUUGUUGCUUCAAUGUUAGCAGAAGACAGAAGUCAUUUAUUGUUUCACUUCUCUGAUUCUGGCUGGUUAGCGAAGUGUGUCAAAGGCGGGCACUUGGGUAUUUCCCCUCCAUGGAUCCUGAGGUGUUUAAUCAUGUUGGUCAUGCACCCUCCUCAUAUGCUUCGUCCUCGUUGGUGUCCAGUGGCUUCUUCGUUGGUGUUCGGCGGCUAUGUCUUCCAGUCGAAGAGUUAACUUGGAAUCGAAAUUUUAAAAUUUGAACGGAAUGUUAGUCCCAGUCCCCAUCGAUGCUUGAGACUCAAUGCCCAACCCUUAUUAUAAUGCUUGCAGAUUGAUCCGCUGCUGUGCUGGAGCGGAGUGGAGCCGUUCUGGAUCUUGUGGGUUUUAGCCGUAACCUUUCAAACUGACGACACAGAAUCAAAUCUUCUUCCUCCCUUUCUCCCUCUCAGAGCUGUGUGGAGUUGGGAAAACGAGCUCCGACCCCGAUCAGAGAGAAAGAAGUCACUCUGUGCAUGAAGUGUCAGGAGCCGUUCAACUCCAUCACCAAGAGACGCCACCACUGUAAAGCCUGCGGACACGUAUGUUCACCAAAACCAACCCUGGACUCAUUCACAUAGUUCCCUGAUUGGCUAAUAUUUGUGGUUCCCUUAACAACAGCCACCAUUCUUGGUUCCCUAACACCAUCAAGGCAUUCAUACCAUCCUCGAUAAAACUCGGAUUGUUCCCUGAACUGUCAGUGGACAGUUUUAGUUCCCUUAACAAGAUCUGACAGUCUGAUUCUCUCAACAGGAAAUGUUUGGAGUUCCCUCAACAUCCCACUGAGGUUAUAAAGUUAUUUGUACAACCUUAAAUAAUUGAUGACUCUGAUUGUCCUCUAAGAAACAGCACGCAUUAUUAGUUCCCUUAACAGAACUGAACCCUAAAAUAUUCCCUUAGAAACACAGGGGGUAUUUGUAGACCCUUUAACAGUGAUAUUAGUUCCCUGAACAACAGCAAACUCUCAAUUCUUCACAAUUAAUAACAGCUGACAUUUGUAGUCGCCUUGACAACAUAUGACAAUCUGAUUCCCACGACAGCAAGUACUAAUAGUUACCUUAUAAACAUUUAAGAUAUUUGAGUUCCGUUAAUCACAGCUGACAUUUAUAGCUCCCUUAACAACAGACAGGUGAGUCUGUUCCCCGAGAACAUUAUUAGUUCCCUAGGAAAACAGUGAAUGUUAAUUUUCCUCUUGAUACCUACUGACAUUUGUAGUUCCCUAGAAUAUCUGAUCCCCUCAACAGCAAAUAAAAAUUGUUUCCUUAAUACCUUUCAUGAAAUUUUUGUUCCCUCAAUAGCAGCUAACCAACGUAGCCAACAUUCUUUGUUCCCUAACCAUGGCUAGCAUUUGUAUUGUCCCCACUAAGAGAGGACUCUGGAAAACAGUAAAUGUGAUUAGUUCCCUUAAAAUUGGUAAACCCUACAGUUUCUUCUGAGAGUAGCUGAUGUUUGUUGUUCCCACAACAAAUCACAGUCUCACAGCAAACACUGCAUUAUUAGUUACCGUGAAACCCUGCAAGAUUUUUUAGUUCCCUCAAUAGUAGACCCUAAUUACAAGUCGACAACAGCAGACUUUUGUAGUUCCCUUAAAAACUGACAAUCUCACACCCUGAGAAAAACUAUUAUCAGGGGUUUCCAAUACACCACCAGUGAUUUUUCGUUCCCUCAACACCGGUCAGUAUUCAUAGUUCCCUUCAUGACUGCCAAUAGCUUGCAUCCAUCGUUUACCCAACAUAAGCUAUUAUUUUUUAGUUCCCUAAAUGAUCGACAUUCUUGGUUUCCUAGGUGACAAAUGCUAAAGAUCCUACAUUGACAGCAAACCGCCACAGCUGCCCAAAACCAGACGUCUCUAGGGGAAGGUCCCGCCUCCUUCGCCUCUGAUUGGCUGUGAAACGUCAUCACACGCUCAAGUCAAGUGCGGGCUGUGGGCUCUGUACAUUGAACAGAAUGUUAUCGCACUUCUGAAUCUCCUAACGUUAACCCGACAAACAGUGACAUUUCACAGCCGUAAGGAGUAACCAAUCGGAGCCCAGCACUUCUAGCCAAUCAGAGGCGAAGGAGGGUGGGACCUUCCCCUACCAUUCUACAAAAAAAAAAUUCACGUCCUUAACAACCUACAGUGUUGUUAGCCUGGCCGGGCCAUCCUGUUGCGUGAAUCACUUGAUGUUCCUUCCCACAACAGUCUGGACUUCGGCCCAUAGAGAGCAUGUAUUCCCGAUCAGAAAAUAACCGGGCCAAUCAGAGACCGUGUUUCCACUGUUACCUGGACAACAGGGAAUGGCAGCCCCUGAUUGGUCCAUGUGUAGUGGUGAUGUCUAACACAUGCUGCAGGACUUUUCAAAGCCCUGUUCAUUCAGAACGCCGUUAAUUCUGCAGUUGACUCUGCAAAGUCGGCAGAAAUCGUUUAUAUACGCAGAAGACGUCCGGUUAUUUUCUGAUCGGGAAUCCACGCUCUCUAUUGGCCGAAGUCCAGACUGUUGUGGGAAGGAACAUCAAGUGAUUCACGCAACAGGAUGGCCCGGCCAGGCUAACAACACUGUAGGUUGAUGUUUUUAAACAUCCUGUUUUGUUGAUGUUACCAUGACAACGGCAGUAUGUCAGUAUGGCAGUAUUGACGGUCUCCGUCCCCAGGUGGUUUGUGGGAAAUGUUCAGAGUUUCGUGCACGUCUGUCGUACGACAACAACCGAACCAACCGUGUUUGUGUCGACUGCUAUGCCAUGCUGGUGGGAGCGUCACCCUCACCCGCCACGCUGACCAGCAGCACCACCAGGAGGCGCUCUAUCCUGGAGGUCAGUGUGGCAUCACUGUUUGAUGUAACUUGGGUGUCUGUGUGUGAGAUUUUAUUAUUUUUACUGAACUUUUUGAGAUGAAAUCAGUCAUUGAUGCUCUCCUCCUCUCUGUCUCUUGUUGCCAUAGAAACAGGCCUCCCUGGCAGCAGAGAACAGUGUGAUUUGUAGUUUUCUUCACCACAUGGAGAAGGGAGGAGGGCGGGGCUGGCAGAAGGCCUGGUUUGUUAUCCCUGAAAAUGAGCCGCUGGUGCUCUACAUCUAUGGAGCUCCACAGGUAGGUCAUUCAUCAAAUCUGCUGACGUUGCCCUCUACAGGCCAUUGCGUGCAUCACACACACAAGCAUAGCCUGGGAUUUCCACCGCUUCCAGAACGGCAACAAUUUCUGCCAUACACCAAUUCCUACCGGAUCUGUUUGUGAGGCGAAUUUCGUGGCAGAUUACGGACAGCAGGAACUCGCAGAUUCACAUUCAAUCGUGCAAUAACGAGUUGUCUCUAUAAAGACAGCCACACAGACAUAUAAGCAGUAGAUUGUGUCCUUCUAGAGGAGGAAAUCUACUUCUAGACUUCUAGAAUCAGCAUCUCCCCAUCCAUGGUGUCAUCGAGGUGAAAUGACGUCUAAAAACCUUUCAUUUGUUUGUCUCCGCCUGUUUGCAUGGUGUGAAAUACGAUCCUCCUGAAAUAUGGAGUGUUUUAUUUUGAAAAGAAGCCGGAUGUUUUAUUUUGUGUCUGUGCCCGACUUCUUUUCCAGCACGGGUUAAUCUGUGCUGAAUUUAUCCAACAUGCUCCGACAUCCGGAAAAAAUAGAACUCUUGCGAUCCGGCGAUCAGCAGAGGAACGAAAAGAAGCUGUUGGAAAUUGACACGUUAACUUGAAUGGUUAUGAUCAGCUACGAUUGGCGGAUACGACAUUUUCUUAGCUGUUCCAGAUGCGGUGGAAAUUGCCAGUAAUGAUAGUUCAGGCAUGUCACAGUGUCUUCUAGUCUUUGGCUGUGCUGAAAUACCCAUGAUCCACUCUGAUUAACCCCCUUAAACCAACUGUAUGUGCUGUCUCUACAGGAUGUAAAGGCACAACGCAGCGUUCCCCUUAUUGGCUUUGAGGUCUCCCUCCCCGAGUCAUGUGACCGCUUGGAGCGACGCCACGCCUUCAAAAUCUCCCAGAGUCACCUGACCUUGUAUUUCAGUGCCGAGGGGGAGGAGCUUCAAAGGCGAUGGAUGGACAUCUUGUCUAGAGCUGGGAGGGGGGAGGAGCCUCAGAUCCACAGGCCAAUCGUGGAGAGUGUUGAGGAGGAGGGGGAGGAGCUAGCAGCUGCAGCAGACGGGGAGAACACAUGAUUCUAUUGGAUGAGAGGAACUGAUGAAGAAGGGUUUAUAAAUGAAGAUGAUUGGACACCAGUAUAAGCCAGGACACACACACACACACACACACGUACACACACACACACACACACACACACACACACACACACACACACACACACACACACACACACACUCUGAGCUCUCUGUGUAUUCAUACUUUGUCUGCAUGAUUCCUCCUCGCCACCAACACACCGAUGAACGCAAGUGACCUCUCCACAGGAACCCUUAGAAGCACCUCUGGUUGAUCCCCAUGGACUGAUCUCCACCUGUGCUGCAGCUGCGACUUUACAUCAGGAAAUCUGAAAAGAACAAAAAUGAGGCAUCAUACAAACACAGAUCCGCAGUUUGGAGCGCUCUGAUUGGCUGGUUUGAACAUAAAGCACAUUAAUGUUAAGAGACUGACUCCUCCUCCUCCUCACAAUGUGUUGACCUGGUUGGUCACAGAAAGGUCAGGGGUUGUUAUGGACUCCUUCUUUUGUUCUCCUCUUUAUAUCUUGAGCUGACGAGAGUUCAGAAACACACAGAGCGGGAUUUUCCCACUUUGUAACGUCACAGUAUCAAACGACUGAUGGAAACCAAACACACAAAGUUAAACGAAGUAUAAUUGAGUCUGGGAUCAUUAGGGUUCAUGCUAAAUGUCAGACAGAUCUUCCUGAUAUCGUGAACAUCAGGUCUGGGAGUGGAUUACGAUGCUGCAGGAUCAGGCUGAAGACUUCUCCUGUGGAAUCGCUCCAAAAUAAAACGCCAAUGACUCAACAAGCACAUGAAAUCAGUCCAACUGAAGAAAGGAGUUCAGAGAGAACAAAGUAAAAGCUUAUCAGAGAGAGUUUGGAUCCUGGAAAUCGACUGUUCAGAGGACUGCGAGGUUUUUAAACACAGAAGAAGAAAAAGACCAAUGCGUCCUCUUUGAAUGCACUUCUAAAACUUCUCAUUUUUAAACCUAAAUUUCCCCUCAAGAUGAAACUCACCAGGUUUCUCUCUCAUUUUUUUAAACCGCCCCCCAAAUCUUCCCUAAAACUUCAGCUGCCUACGUUUCCCAGCAGGCUCUGCUCUGAGGUGUGGGUGUAAAUUACCUGAGGCCCCUCUGCUGGUGAGAAGAGGGGCUGCAGUCUUUACAAAAACCUGUAAGUGGUUCAUCAGAGUCCAGAAGAAAAGGGUGUCGGAGUUCGGGCUGGGUCCUCAGACUGAUGGUUUUCUAAAACACAAAAAGACUUUGUGAUUGUCGUCCAUAAAAACACGAGACCUGCAGAUACAGAAAAAAAACAUGAAGACUCUUCAUGCCUAUUAAUAUUUCCAGCUGGGGUUUUUGGGUUUUAGUCAUGGAAACAAGCAGGCUAAAGACACCAACAUGAAGCUCUGAGAACUGACAUUGUCCCGGCUUUUUAUUGGCUCACUGAUAAAUUGUGAAAACUGGGUCCAGUAGAUCUAGGGUUUUUGCAGGACUCUGAUGAUCCCGUGAUGAUGGAUGUUUGUGAAUUUUGCUUUUCGUUGGAGUUGGAUGUAAAAAGUUACAGGUGGAGUUUUUUGGGGACAUGGAAAAGGUCUGAGAGGAGGUACCCGGACUGGACUGAGCCCAUCAUAUUUCUGUCGGGUUCAGGGACCGUUCCUGGACUCGGCGGUUCACUUUUGUAGUUGAAUCCAGUGGUUAGACGGGGCCGAUGUGAACUGGAUCCAAGGAGGAGGUUGUUUUUUUAUCAUGUUCACAGUGGUACAGUCUUUCUGUCUCCAUAAAUGACUUUUGGACAAAGUGUUUUGAUAGUGAAAAAAGCAAAUAUGAUCAAUAUUAUUGAUAUUAUUAUGAUAAUUCAUAUUCUUAUUGUUAUUCUGAUGAGUCUAUCUGAUGCUAUAAUGAACAGACGGAUCGUUGUUGGAUAUUUCUGUGUUUCUGAGUCGCGGUCGUGUUCGAUGUUUGCUUGAUGCAAGAAAAAGAAGAGAAACGUUAUUGUAAAUAUAAUUUAUUCUCCUGAGACCGCUCGGUCAUGUGACUAUGUAAAGGUUAAAGGUUAACGCUUGCUUCUCCUUCACACUCUGCAGACCUCCACACAGCCAGGGCACAAUUCUUUUUUUGGAGGAUGGAAGGUGGAAGGUCCCGCCCUCGUUCACCUCUGAUUGGCUAGAAGUGCUGGGCUCCAAUUGGUUAUUCCUUACAGCUGUGAAACGUCAUCGUCUGUCGGGUUAGAAGAUUCAGAAGUGCGAUAAUGUUCUAUAAUGUUCUGCCCGUGGUUGGCUUGAGCGUGUGAUGACAGUUUCAUCUUUUCUAGCCAAUCAGAGGUGAAGGAGGUGGGACUUUCCCAAUCAGAAGAAUCAGAUUACCGUGGCGACCAUCUUGGCCUCGCUGUUAAAAGGUGAAGUUAAAAGGAACAGUCUGACAUUUUGAUAAACCCUGCUGUUCUCUGUCAGGUGUUUCAGGUCUCAGGUGCUUGUUUGCGAAGAUUCGGAGGCCAGUCACAUUUAACAUGAUACUUUUUAGGGUCGGCGAUGGGAAGGAAAAUUUUCCAUGCAAAUUGAAAAAAUCAACAUAAUGAAAAUAAGAGAGGGAGGCUGUUUUAGUCCCUUUGCAUAGGUGAGACUCUGAGUGGCACUCUGAAGCUAACGUCUGUCUGAAAGCCCUGACUCGGGAUCACAGCUUGUUUCAAACUGGGUUUAUGUAAACGUUAACAUGUUUCUUUGACUUCUACCUCUGCUGUCUCUGGCAUGGUGCUCAGUGUGGGCAUGGCUCUGCUUCUCACGGUGUGUUUUUGGUGUGUUUGUGGCGUGUGAAGCAGACUCGGUGCUGUGCUCUCGCGGUGGGAAAGAAGAAAAUGGCCAGUAUUUCAGCCUUACAGUUCCCCUCAUCAUUAUCCGCCAUCACCACCUGCAGAACAAUGUUUUUAACUUUACUCUGAGUGACUUGUGUCCGUGAGUUUUACUUUAGAAGCUUUUUCUGACUGGUUCUGACCGGUCCCAGCCGGUUCUGACCAGCUCUGACCGUGUGUGUAUGGUGUGAACAGUGGUGUGUUGUCCAGUGUGCACUCUCUUCAUGUGCCAGCACAGAUUCAGACUAAGAUACCAUAUUUAUAUUCAGAGCUAGUGAAUCGUUGGCUAAUAUAUCAAACCUGCUUUUUGUUUAAAUAUUACUCGUCGUAACUUUGGGCUGGAUACCACACCUGAAUUUAUCUUCAUUUACAGUCUGAGUGUAGACAGACUCGACCUACAGAUGAGCAGGAUCCUGUUAUCACAUGAUUUACAUUGAUUACGUUUUCUCAUGUAGAAUCCAAACCCAAGAUUUUGACCAUCUUGUUUAGUUCAAGGUGGGGUAGUCAGGAUCUGAGGAAGUUCCAGUAUUUGGAAGAAAUCUGGAAUGUAAACUCUACCCCUCCCAACCAGUUUUCCCCUCAGCUCCUCCUCUCCCCUCCCUCUCUGCUCCAGCAAGCCCCGCCCACAAAGACGCUCCUGCACGCUCGUAACGUUCCAAUUAAAUUCAAGAUAUAAUGCAGAUAAAUACUUCAGAUAAUUACAAAUGGGGCCCAGUCAAUAUGAAAGUAAAAAGCAUUGGUGCUGCUGAAGAUGCCAACAGACUACCAACAAACACAAUGUUUGCAGGACUUCCACAACUAGGAUAAAGUGACAUAGUCCAGGACCCGAGGGAGGACAGUUUAGCGGCACUACAACACGCAGCAGGUCCGGUUUGACAAGAAACACUUCUGUUACAGACACUUGUCUUACUUUGUUAAACGUUUUACCUGUCCAGCAGAAAGGUUACAGGGUCACCAAGAUCCCCAAGCGUCCCCCACAAAGAUUGUAUAGACAAUGGACAACUUGGUUCCGCCUUCCACCAGUAUAUGGAUUUGAAGCCGAAAAGUUCGAGGAGGCAAACAGCGUCCAUUCUAUAUACAGUCUAUGGUUCCCCAUCAGUUAUGUUGACCUGUCUUUUUAGCUCUUGUCCGGUCUACCUCCGUUUUAAGCGCCCGUUAUUCCUCCAGAGUCUCCGGUAUUUACUUCGUUUUCUUGCUUGUGUCGGCAGUCGAGGCCAAAGGAGGAUUCAGACAAUUUUCCGAACUUUCUGGUUGGUUUCUACUGUCCGAUAUUGUGGCACACUAACUUUGUUUGGGCUUGUAAAAUUUAUUCGAGGAGCGUGCCUCACAACUAAUCAGCACUGAGGAGCAGCAUCCGCCUCACAACCAAUCAGGUCGGGGAGGCGGAGAACGGCUUUGUUUACAGUCAGAAAGAGCGUGUCGCUCAAAAAUGUUCAAAUGUUGACUACACAGGCAUAAGAGAACACAGAGAUAUCGUUAUAUUCCCAAAUGUCAUCAAUAACUAAUAACUAUUGACUAAUAUUAAAAGAUUUUUUGUAAAUACACCACAAAAAAAGAUGCUGCUUUAACAGAAUCCUGCCUACCCCCCCUUAAAGUAACUCCGUCUUUAUGUGUUUUUGUUCCCACACACAGAGCCACCAUGAUUGUGAAGCUAACCAAGUGUUUAAGUAAGACGAGUGUGGUGGCAUGCAGACAGUACAAGCUAACUGGUCAAAGUAGCACAGAAGGCUAUCAGUGGUAUAGCCUUCUGCACUCAUUGGACUAGCUGAUAUUAAAGCUAACUGCUUACCUCACUAUCAUUAGCAUGUUUGUCCCUCUGUUCGUCACACGCUCAUAAAAUAACUAAUCCGGCUCAUAUUUAGUUGUAGCUGAUUUUCUUGAAUUAGCAGCAGCAGACAGCAAGUUCAAGUUUUUAAAUAUCUGGAGUAAUACCAUCAAGUUUUGAUUGAUUUCUAAAUCAAAAGGAAAUUUAAAGCUGGUCGAGACCAGUAAGAAUCAGUUCUACUCAGCUAGUUAAACCAGAUUUAAACUCGAUCUGUAUGAGGUACAUGUGGUUAGAAACUGAUUUUAUCUGGUUUUAGCUGAUUUCAAUUGUAUCUGUUAGGCAAGAGCAAGAUAACAUUAGUUCCGUCAGGUGUGAGCUGUUUCUGUCCAGUUUGAGCUUUUUGCAUCAGUUCUGCAUGGAUAAACCUAGUUAAAAAAAGCUCCAGCUAAGUCUGAGUUAGAUCAAACCAGGUCAACCUGGUUCAAACCAGUUCUGUCUGGUUUGAGCUGGUUCUGUUGAGUCUAAAACUGGUUCAGACCAGUUUGAAGGGUAUUUCAGGUUAAAAGUACUUCUGUAGGGCUUUAUCUGGUUUUAUCUGGUUUAAGAUGAUUUGAACCAUCUUUUUCAAGUUUCAACUAGUAAUUUCUGGUGGAAACCGGUUCUGUCUGGUUUCAACUGAUUCUGUCUUUGAACUUAUUCUGUCUACUUUAAACCAGUUUAUUAUGUUAAAACAGGCUUUUUCCGGUUUGAACUGGUUCUGUCUGGUUUAAGCUGGUUCUUUCUGGUUGGAACAGGUUCUUUCUGGUUUGAACUGGUUCUUUCUGAUUUGAACAGAUUCUUUCUGGUUUAAACUGAUUCUGUCUGGUUUAAACUGGUUUUGUCUGGUUUAAACAGGUUAUUUCUGGUUUGAACUGGUUCUGUCCUGUGUAAGCUGGUUCUUUCUGGUUUGAACAGGUUCUGUCUGGUUGAAACGGGUUCUUUCUGGCGUAAACUGGUUCUUUCUGGUUUGAACUGGUUCUGUCUGGUGUAAACUGGUUCUUUCAUACUGGCUGUUCUUUGUCUGUCCUGAUUCCACGAUAUUCAAUUCAGUAUUUUGCCUUAGACUUUCUGCAGUUUAUUGAACUUUUCCUGUGCCAAAUCCGACGAUGGGUGGCUGUCAGUGUUUAAUCUGUUUUUGUAUUAAUUUAUCUUUUGUAAUCCGCAGUGAUAUUAUCGGUUCUAUUCAUUUUUUUACUUCCUGAUCUGAUGCUGACCAACACAUCCUUUUCCUGUUAAACCGUGUCUCCUCUUAUUCCUCCUUAUCAGAUGCUCAAAGUGUCAUGGACUGUUACUGGCUGCUGUUACCACUGAGACCAUCAGGAUUUUCUCCUUCUAUCGUAACCAAACACACAGACUCUGAGCUGAUGCUGAAACCUGCAUGAAACCAAACCAAUACAGAGGACUUUAACAGCUCCAGGUGUGGUCAAACAGAUAAAAAACGUAACCAAUCAGGGGAGGACUGGGCCAUGAUGUCAUCCAGUUCAUUGACAUGAAUUUUCGUAACCUGGUAACCACUGGGUUUCUGGAGCAGUGAGUUACCAUGGUUACUACCAAGAUCCCAGUCCUCCUUCUCGGUGUUGCCAUGGUGACCACUGAGGCAGGCCUUAUAUGCGGUGGAGCUGCUGUGCUUGCAUUACCAUGGCAACCACUGCGCUCAAGUUACUAAGACGACAAGCCUUCCCCCUCCCUCUGGGUGUAACAGCAGCAUGGUUGUGUAUUCCUCUUCUUCUCCCUGUUGUACUUCUGGUAUCUUGUUCUUAUUUCCUAUUGAGUAUUGAUUGAUUGGUUGCAGGUGAUUGGUCAGUGGCCGGCCACUGCCUACAUCCUGUCCCUGUCAGUUUCCCAUCAUGCACCUCUGUAAGAAAAUACAAUGAGAAAUGUUUAUGAGGUCAUCGAUGAAAUAAAAACAUUAAAACUGCUGAAA